AUGGCCCAUGGAGCUCGAGAGCGUCCUGCGCCGUCCGGCGUCCCAUGGGAAGUUCAGCUGAUGCAGAAAUGGAGGCGACCUCUGCGGGCUUCGGCGGAAGAUGAAAUCGAGAAUGGAAAUGUCUCUUUUUCUUGCGCGGAGAAACGUGACAUCGACUUCUCGCAGUCGUGUGCUGGCGCAGAGUCGAAGGCGCCAGGCUUCGGGAGGCGACGCGGAAAGCGCGGCGGCAAAGGGUGGAAAGGAGGAGACGCAAAUGGCGAAGACAGCGACAGCGACGGCCAGGCAGUCGGCCCCCGCGUCAGUGAGGUGUCUGUACGCCGGACACGAGGCAUGAGGGCGGGCGUCGAAGAGGGCCGCCGAGAGGGACAAGCAUGUGAGAAGCUCCGCAGUUCAAGAGGAGCCGGAAGGAGAAACGCGGCUCACAACCCACCCACUGCUUCGUCUGCCUCCGCUGGAGAACCGAGAACGGGUUCGGCUUUUUCGUCUGGACGGCAGUCCUCCAGUGGGCAGAUGGAGACACCCGAACAUCGCCGCGACACAGAGAACGCCUUGACCGGGGCGAGUCUGCCCUCGCGUCACCGAGAGACAGCAUGCGUCGCCCCGGACCCGCUGCGCUCUCUUCGUGGGGACGGCGUGCAUGCGAGGGAACAAAAAAGGCGGGGUGAGAAGCGAGCGGAAGAGAACAGCGAAGACUGGCGAGAGAGAGAGAGAAGACACGACGCGGCGAGAGAUCGAACGGCAGGAAAGCCGGGACGCACCGAUGCAGCGCGAUCCGUGGGGGGAGGCUGCACAGCGCGCAAGGACGAGAAGAAACGAAGAAACGCGCCGACAGUGGAGAAACGCGAUGGACCGAACGCAAGGAUUCAGAGAGACGCGGACGCAAGGGGCAGAGAUGAAACUGGAGACGUCCUCUCACCCGAGGACCGGCAGCUGUACGAACACCUCUGGCGCUUCUAUGUCGUGCAACACGGCGCGGAAGGCGUCGCCCUCUGGCUCCAGCGUCCCGACAUCUUUUCGGCCGCUCUGUACCCCCUGAACGAGCUGUAUCUGUUUUGUCGCCCGUUUGCGCGUCUCGCUCUCUCUCUGCCGCGCGUCCGCAAACAGAAACUCGAGCGUCAGGCUCAAAAUGCGAACACGCGGCCCACUCAAACCUCGCCCGGCUCGCGGGAGGAACUGUCUGUACAGCCCAGCCAAGAAACUGCGCAGUUGGCGGAAAUGCUCGAGCGGGGGACGCCUCAGAAGCAGCUCCUCUCUCUCCUGGCGAGGCUGAGCAGCGACGCGAAAGGCUUCCUCGUUCUGAUUAAAGCCCAGGGCGCCGAGCCGGCAAUCUCCUUCGCUCUCCAGGUUUUAGCUCUCUUUGCUCGCCUCCCAGAACCCGCCAAGAGCAGACAGGCCGCCGGCCGGCUCGGCUCCGCAGCGCCUUUUCCGCUUUCUGCCUGCGCAGCCGCUCAGCACCUUCUGGACGCGAUGCGCCAGCAGCUGGCAAGCCUUUCGCUCCAGCAGACAAAAUUUCUCUUGCGCGUUUCGCGAAUUCUCCUCAGUCAACGGAAACUGCUCGCCACUUCGAAGCAGAGAAACCGCCUGAUGGAGUUCUUUUUGAAUCCGGCAGCACGGCCUCUGGCCCGCCCAGCCCUGCCUUCGGCGGAGCCUUCGAAAGCGUUCUGUGUGAAAUGGGAAGAGUCUCCAGGCUCCGAACGGGCGGUGCCGAGUUCGUCUGCCUCCCCGAGGCACGCACCGGAUGAAGAAACGCGACUAAGACAAUUCGCGACAGGCCUGGGGCUGUCUCCGAUCGCCCUCAGGGCGCUCGUAGAGGGCUAUCUUCAAGUGAACUGCUGCGUCGAGAAGGAAUUUCGACUGCGCGCCUUUCUGUACGGCUCAUCGGCCAGCGGAUGUGGAGUUGCGUCUUCUGACGUCGACGUCCUCGUCCUGCUGCCGACAGAUCUCCAGAAAAAACUUCUUUCCUCUCAACAAAAGCUCCUCCGCGACGGCGCAGGCAACCUGGCGCCCUGGACGGAUGUCGACGAUCUCUUUCCGUCCAGAAACUGGUCGGAUCUCCCGAGGCUUCUUGCCGCGGUUGCGCGGACCCAAGCGCCUUCUUCUCCUUCCCAUCUUCCGUCUUCUUCAAUUGCUUCUUGUUCGGCGUCUUUGGAAGUUCCUUCUGCGCUUGUGUCUUCUGCCUUGAAGCAGUUUUCUGCUGUCUGUGCGACUCGGUUGCUGGCGCGUCGCCUGACCUUUCUUCUCUUCUCUUUUCCGCCGUGCGUCUUUGUGCAUCCCGUUUCUCCGCGUUCUCCCCAGAUCGACGACCAGGACGGCGCUGGGGCGCAUGCGGAGCCCGAAGGCGCAGAAACCUCCGAACACGAGAAACUUCCGCGACUUGUCCAGUGUGUGGAACGCGCUGCCUGUCCGAUCCUGAAGAUUCGCUUGCCAGUGCCGCGGUCGAUGCAUCCCUCGGGGGCGGAGUCUGAGAUGGAGGGAGAAAGGGGCGUGGCGCCUCGCACGUCACGCCGUGCGCGAAGGCGUCAGAGCUCUCAGGACUCCGCAGCGGAGGAUGCAUGCGCGGCGGCAUGGACAGCGGACAUGGCCGGGGGACCAGCCGCAGACGCCGACACGGACUGCGCUCGACCGGGCGAGCUUUGGGCUCCAGAGAAAAGGAACGGCACACUGGAAGAGCGAGGCGGUCAGGAAGACGAAAGGGGCGAGAGAGUCCUGGGGCCCCGUCGGAGUCGACACGAAGGGCGAGACGAGCUGCUGUCGCCUGCGAUUGAGGCGCGACUUCGGUGCAGACGCCGACGCAAGCGCAUGCGCCAAUUCUGCCUCCUUCUCCACCGCCUCCCCUCGAGGGCUGCCGCGCAGCGACUCUCGGAGGUGCAAAGCCCAGAGAACCCGAGAAAGGCGGAGACAGACAAGUGGAGUGAGGACCCAGAUCCCGAAGAAGACCAAGAAGGAUACUGGAGCGACAGCGCCCUCCCCGCUUCUCUCCGUUCGCUGAAGGCAGGUGUCUUUGGAAGCUGCUGCUUUAAAGCGGAGUUCUGUCAAAGCUACGAACCGUGUCCAUCCGCACGGCCCCAGACGCGAACGCAUGCAGCAUCGGACAGAACGGACGCAGAAACAGAAGCCGCCGAACCCAGCAAAGCGCGUCUCCUUCCUUCCCCAUCCGCAGCGCUCCGCACGUCUCCUUCUGCAUCUCCUCCUCUGUCUUCUCUCUCUUCUUCUCUUUCUUCUUCUCGGUCUUCUCUGGUUUCUCCGCCGGCGUCUCCGCUGUCUUCCCAGUCUUCUGCUUCGCGAAGACCGGUCUUGGCGCUCAUGCGUUGGGUUGAAGUCGACGUCUCCUUCAACCAUGAAGUUGUGAUUCACAACACGCGCCUUCUUCGCGCGUACGCGACGUGCUUCGGACCUCGGAUUCAAGCGCUCUUUCGUCUCGUCAAGCACUGGGCCAAACAGCGGCAAGUCUGCGACGCGUAUCGCGGUCUCCUCUCCAACUACUCCUGGCUCCUGCUCGCGAUCUUCUUCCUGCAACGCGCUCUCCAGGAACAACGCUCUCCGGCCAGUACUCACCCGCGCUCGUCCCCGUCCUCCACAGCUUCCUCUUCUGCUUCUUCUUCUUUUCCGGUGUCUCCUUUGCCGUUUACGCUACAAGGCAGCUGGUCGGUGUUGCCUUGGCUGCACAACGCCGCCCACGACUUCCGUUUUCUCCCGAUUCUUCCGAACCUUCAGAAGCCGCCGCGGUGCGCAGUCUUUCUUCAGCGCUGUCUCGCCUCUGGCGUGUCUUUUCUAGACUCGAUGGAGACUCUCCGCGCCGACACUCCCGCUGGGCUGCGCUGUCCAUGUCCAGCAUGCCAGCAGGACCGGGCGUUCCCGUCUGAAGGGCGCGUCUUCACACGCACUCGGGGGGAGACAGCGGCGUGCCCCGUGGGGCAGACGCAGGGCGAGAAGGUGCGCGAGGAGAAUUUCGGGAAAACAAGAAACUUCUCCGAUGCAUUCGCCACCGGAACGAACUGCGAAGGCGCCAUCUGCCACACUGCGUUCGACACGUCCGGGCCCCAGGCAGCGCCGCGGUUCCCUUCCUCGUCUGUGUCGCUUGUGUCUCUUCCAACUGUGAGACCGAGAGGGGCGAGGACGGCCAGCAGGGGCGGCGCCCGUCUUCCCUUCGUUGCUGAGGAGGACGGAGACGCCUGCGAGCGGCAAGAGGCAGCGAGAUCCGAAAAGGCUUCCGGGUAUGUCUACAGCGAGGAGGAAGGCGAGGCGGUGUGGGUUGACGACAGCCACAACGUUCGCUUCUUUCACCCGCUUCUCGGCUUGAAUCAUCGACUGUCUUUGACCGCGCUGUUGCCUCGAAGCUCACUGCACAAAAACGGCCGUUCCUGCCCCCUUUCGUGCAGAGAAAGGCAGUCUUGCGGAGGCGGAUCGUGGGAUGCGGAGACAGGCCCAGAAGGAGAGACACACGAGCGAGGGCGGGGAGACGCCGGGCCGGGGGCCGGGAGGAAGCCGAAGAGCGCACUGGCGAGAGACGACGAGGACGCGGAACCGGAGGCGAGAGAGAUUUCCUCGAUUUCCGCCUGCGCCGUGGAAUGCAACCGACAGAGAAGAGAUCGGAAGCUGCCACCGGCCUCGGCCUUCGCUUGGCCUGAAGAAGACUCGUCCCUGACAGACGAGGCGUACGCGCGCCGCAUGCUGAGCAGCAGUGCCUGUCUGGGGGGAAGGAAAAGGCAAGCUCGUGUGCACCUGCAGGGAGGGGAGAAAGGAAACCAAUCGCCACGUGGGUACCCUGAAGCUUCGGUUGAUGGCGUUGCACUCAGUGGAAACCAGCUUUUGUUUUUUGAAGCGAUUCAACGACGUCUCUUGAUGCAAGCGAAGACUCCGCCGGUGCUUCCUUUGUGUCCCCUCGGUGUCUCUUCUUCGGAUCCGAAUAAGCCGGCCGGCGAGGAAGACGAAGGGCACGGAGGCGCGGAUCCGCAUGCAGCGAACGAGCGCGAGAUCGCGGUCGCCAGGGAAGACGGAGGGACGACAACGAGAGAGAGGAGCAAGCAACUGGCGGGAGACGGGAGGCGAGCCGGUUUGGACGAAGACGCAGAUCAACAGGAAGAAGACUGGAACCGGGCUUCUAGGAACGUCCAGCGACUCGACGACAUGCGCCUUCAGCAAGUGCAGUACCUCAGUUCUUCGCUCCUGUUUGUCUCUCCAGGCAGCCAUGCCGAUGAGAAAGCAAGAGACGACCGUGAAUGCCCGGCUCACGGCAGGUUGUGGGGCGACUCUCUCUCUCUGGUUGGUCUCCUCAGGGCCUUCUUUAGGUUCUACACGCUUCAGUUCAACAGUUUCCAGAACAUCGUCGACAUUCGCCGAGCGCCGUUGCUCCCUCUCUCGAAAACCAGCUACUUCACUGUCCCGUUGCCGGGCGCGGCGGAUCGGUCGUGGUUCGAAGCUGGAGCCCCGUCCAAGACAAAAAAGAGCAGGAAAAAGAGAGCGGGCGAGCGCGAGGAACGAGAGGGAGAAAAAGGAGACGCCUCUCGGGAGAAGGCGAGCUUUGCCCAGGACACAGCUCAGGGAGACGGCGAGCCUCUUCAAGACGCGGCCGCGGUGCCGGCGUCUUGUUUGCCGCUGGGGCUGCGGGCGUGUGAGACUCGAGAGGAAGACAGUUCCCCAGGAGGAGAACAAGAGAGCGAGGAAGAAGGGGAUGAGCGAGAGGUCGCAGAAGCCGCUCCCGGAACAGCAGGCGAAGGCAACGAGGACCGAAACGAGGACGACGGCGGCGAGGAGCGCGAAGAGAGAGACGGCGACGGAGACGAUGGCGGCCUCGGUGAAGGCGGCGGGUUUGGCACGCAGGGUGUGCAUCCGCGAAGCGUGGAUUGGCUCUACCGGCGGCGUCUCUUCGCGAUUCAAGACCCUUUUGAGGCUCAUCGGACGCUUGGCACCUACCACUCCGGGAGCGAACUGGUGGCUUAUGAGCUGCUGCGCGCCACGGCCAUCACUUCGAGUGGUCUGUGGACGCUGUCUCUUCCUGCGCCGCUUUGUGGGUCUGCGUCGCCCUCGUGCGACCCUGCGGGCUUCUCCCGCGAGGCGUCGCGGGGCGCUCUUCCUCCCCCUCUCUUCGAGGCGUUCCAGGCUGGUGUGGCUUCCGAGCCGAAGCGAGGCGAAAGGCGUCUCGCCAAGAAUGGCCCGGCCAUUGAGCCUGAGGGCGAAGGCGACCGCGAGCAUGGCGGACGUGUCUCCGCCCCUCCUCUCGCCGAUCUCACUCCGAGCGCGGAGGCACAAGCUGCAGUGGAAGCCUCUGUCGCGUCUUCCGAAGACGGCUCUGCUUCGGCAUCCGCGGCAGCCGCAACGGGUGAAGGCGGAGACGCAGUUCCUUGGCCCCCUUUCCCCACACCGUCUUCUUCCCACGAUCCACAUCUUGUCAAGGGGCCUGGAGACAAGGAGACACUGACCGCGCAGCAGCGCCGUCAGGAGGUCCGGCGACUGCGUUUCGCCGAGCGCUCGCGGCCGCAGCUUCCUUGGGUGUCCCACCUGCCUGCCUCGACGCUUCUUCGCGCUGAAGAACAGGGCGACGCAGCCUGGCGGUUGAUCAGAAAGAGACUUCUGCGGGCCUACCGUCGUGUCCCCUCCCAACGGGGCGACGAGAACGAAGGCGAGGAGGGAGCGAGACACGAUCCAGGGACAGUGCAGGCCGUCGGCAGGGUCUUCAGCGAGGAGCGUUCUAGGCGGCGCGGGGAUGCAGACGAUCCCCAGGGCGGCGGCGGGGAUCCGAAGUCGCGGGGAAGCGAAGAUGCAGAGGCGGAUUUGAGGAGAGCGGGGAACGAACCGCGAAACCAGGACACACGCAAGACACGUGGCUACGUUCCGGGCUUUACACCGCUUUCCUUGACACCCGAGGAAAUCUUUCAGUCGAUGCAGAGAGCCCAAUGUGCAGGCGGCAGAGGCAAGAACGAAGAGCGACACCGGGGGCCUUCGAGGCCCGAUCUGGGUCGCACCACGUUUCCUCUGAAGGCCUCUGUGCCUCGCCUCCCGGACUCCACGAAUCCACACCUGAGUGAGCAUGCAGUUCCGGGAGACGGCAGGCCUGGUCUUCAACAGAGACGGAAGCCGCGGACGAACUCGUCUCAGUUCACUGCCCCUCUGGGCACGCCCGGCGUUGCUCAUCCCUGCCCCCCGUCGUUUCGCCCCAAGACACCUGAGGGCGGCCGUUCCAGAGCCCACGCUCGCGCCCCAGCUAGCUACGUCGCGCUGCAAACCCAGCUAGCUACGGAGAGCAGGCAGCCGCACCCGAGACCCUGGACCGCAGUCCAGGCUUGGCAGGAAGCCGAGGAAAGGGAGCGAAAAGCCGCUCUCGAAGGCGCGGGCCAUGGCUGCAGCAGUCGAGCCACGUUCAACAGGCCUCCUCCCACAGAAGAAGAACCUGACACCGGGCGCGUUGGCCCCUUGGGACCCGGCAAGCGUGCUCCGGUUCCUCAUAGCAGACAGCGAGGCUCUCAGAGCGACGCUGUUCCUAGGUAUUUUUAG